AUUCUCCAUUCAUUCCAAAACUCACAUUCUCAUUUCUAAAUCCAACUUCAACUUAACUUUCUCUGUCUCGACCUUCUUCGUAGAAGAAAAACCAAACCAAACCACUUUCAAAACACCACACAACACCAGAAAAAAUGGAGAACUUUUUUCGCCUAGUGGACCAUGAAGACUUCUUCUCUCGUCGUUGCAUUUGGGUGAACGGCCCUAUAAUCGUAGGGGCAGGUCCCUCAGGGCUUGCCACAGCAGCAUGCCUUAGAGAACAAGGGGUGCCCUUCAUGGUUCUCGAACGUGCAGAUUGCAUAGCUUCUCUGUGGCAGAAACGAACCUAUGACAGACUCAAGCUUCACCUCCCUAAGCAAUUCUGCCAGCUUCCCAAGCUCCCUUUCCCUGAAGACUUCCCCGAAUACCCCACAAAGAAGCAGUUCAUAGAGUACCUAGAGUCCUACGCCACCCACUUCCAGAUCAACCCUCAGUUCAACGAGUGUGUUCAGUCCGCAAGGUACGACGAGACAAGCGGAUUGUGGCGGGUGAAGAGCGUUUCCUCCACUGGCGCCACACGCAACGAGGUGGAGUACAUUUGCAGGUGGCUCGUGGUGGCCACUGGGGAGAAUGCCGAGUGUGUGAUGCCGGAUAUUGAAGGGUUGAGUGACUUCAAAGGUGAGGUCAUCCAUGCUUGUGAUUACAAGUCAGGGGAAAGCUUCAGGGGAAAAAAGGUCCUUGUUGUUGGCUGUGGCAAUUCCGGCAUGGAGCUCUCUCUUGAUCUUUGCAACCACCAUGCUUCUCCUUCCAUGGUUGUUCGCAGCUCGGUUCACGUGUUGCCCAGAGAAGUAUUUGGGAAAUCAACGUUUGAAUUUGCGGUUAUGAUGCUGCAAUGGCUGCCCCUUUGGCUAGUUGACAAGAUUAUCUUGAUGUUGGCAUGGUUUGUUUUUGGGAACGUGGAGAAGUUGGGGCUGAAAAGGCCUUCGACAGGUCCUUUGGAGCUGAAGAACACAAAGGGAAAGACCCCGGUUUUGGAUCUUGGUGCCUUGGCCAAGAUUAGAUCCGGUGAUAUAAAAGUGGUGCCAGGAGUCAAGAGGUUCAAUAAUGGAGAAGCUGAGCUUGUCAAUGGUGAAAAGCUCGAUGUCGAUGCAGUGGUGCUGGCAACCGGUUACCGCAGUAACGUGCCUUAUUGGCUUCAGGAAGGUGAAUUUUUCUCAAAGAAUGGAUUCCCGAAGAUGCCAUUCCCUCACGGUUGGAAGGGAAAUGCUGGACUUUAUGCUGUGGGGUUCACGAAGAGAGGGCUCUCUGGUGCUUCUUCUGAUGCUGUAAAAAUCGCUCAAGAUAUUGGCAAAGUUUGGAAAGACGAGACUAAGCAAAAGAAACAGCGCACUACUGCAUGUCAUAGAAGAUGCAUUUCUCAGUUCUAAAUGCCUAAAAUAAAAUAAAAGCACAUGACAUCAUGACAUGACCACUAGCUAGUGCUGCUUUCUUUCUUUUUAGUCUCAGGAAAUUUGUUCUUGUAUAAACAAAAUUACAGUAUCUUGUAAAAAAAACACACACGCACAGAGACACAACAGAGACAGAGCCCUCUCCGAUGACCAAGUUUUUUAUAUGGUUGGUCGUUUUGUUUUUAAAACUAAGGAUGAUGAGGCUUUUACCUUGUUUUUAUUUCAUAUAAUUUUUCCUCUAAUGUACUACAAGUCCUUAUGAUAUAAAUAAAAGAUGUAACAAGACAAGUACAUCAAGUACUAGAGUUUGAAGUUUUGAA